AAAAUUUCGUCAGCUUUCGUCUGGACGAAAUUUUAUAUUGGUUAGAUCAUUAAGAUGAAUUCAUAGUUUUCCACCAGUACGAGCAUAGAUUGAUGUUGAGUUGCGGCUGAUUUUGAGUAGCACGGCGAUGUUGACAUUAUCUGCUGCGGCUUCUGUGUUGUGUGUGGUUGCUGGCCUGCUGCUGCAACUCCCAGCUACGAACUUCAGGCCUCAACUUGCUAACUGACAACCGCCGCUUCUCAUCAGGAUGGCUUGUGUCCAGCUGCUGGUGGUGGCAGGGCUUGUGGCCAUGGCACUGCCACCCGCCGUGGCGGCGCUGCCACCUCCCGAGCGCCCCUACAAGAUACUCAUGCUGCUGCCUGUGUCCUCCAGGAGCCACCGCAACGUCUUCAUGCCCCUCGCUACGGCGCUCACUGAGCGCGGCCAUCAGGUGACCAUGGUGAGCAACAGUCCUCUGACUGAAGAAAGGCCCGGAUUGACUCAUUUUGAAAACCCACUUCCACAUUUCAAGAUGGACACAAUCAACACUUUUGAAAUGAUGGACAACAUGGAGGAAAUGUUCAAGCUGUUCAACGAACGUCUACCUUUGAUAGCGAGAGAAAUUUACGAUGUUCCCGUCAUCAGAGAUUUGUAUCAGCGGAGGAAAGAAUUCGAUCUCGUAAUCCUCAGUUCACUCUUCAACGAGGUGAUGCUCCCGUUCACUCACAACCACACGUUCAUCACAAUCAGUACCAGUGGAUUAGAUCCUGUGACGAGCUCGGUCAUGGGCAACACACUCAAUCCUGCAUACGUUCCUAACGGACUGGAAGUCUACAAGCCUCUCACCACGUUGGGGCGCUGGAAAAAUCUGAUAAUGACAAUUGUGUUUGCCUUCACAUUUGGAAAAUCACUGCAGGCUCCAAUUCAAGCAGAAAUCGAAAAACGUUUUCCAGAAUUACCGUCUUUUUCCGAACUGGAACGCAACUUGAGCCUGACGUUAAUGAACUCGCACUUUAGCACCGGCCUGACGGUACCGCUACUGCCAAACCAAGUCGAAGUCGGCGGCCUGCACAUUGAGCCCACCAAAGCCUUGCCGAAGAACCUAUUGGAUUUCUUGUCUGGCACGACGCCUGUGGUGUACAUGAGUCUGGGUUCCGUGACGCGCAGCAGCGCCAUGCGCCAGGAGCACAAGGAUAUUUUCUUCAGGGCCUUCGCUAAGAUCCCCUACAAGGUCCUCUGGAAGUUCGAAGAAGAGCCUCAGGAAAAAUUAAAUAAUUUAUUGGUACAGAAAUGGAUGCCACAGCAGGAUAUAUUAGCUCACCCGAAUGUGAAAGUGUUCAUCUCCCACUGCGGGUUGCUGGGGUCGUUGGAGGCGCUGUACUUCGGCACGCCAAUUCUCGGGCUGCCGGUGUUUGCGGACCAGCCAAAGAACGCCGAGUCGCACGAGCUCGCCGGAGUUGGACGCAAAAUCCUGUGGCCUGACCUCACUGAAGAGCUGCUUAUCAGCGCCAUCGAGGAUCUUAUCAACAAUCCUAGGUACGAGGAGAACGUGCAGGCCAUCUCAGCGUCGAUGAAGGACAGACCGAUGAGGGCCGUGGACACGGCGGUGUACUGGACGGAGUACGUCAUCCGACAUCAGGGGGCGCUGCACCUGCGUUCCCCUGAACGCGACCUCACAUGGGUCGAGCUGCUCUACCUCGACCUGCUCGUCGUUAUCCAUAUCAUCCUUGUCUUUAUCUAUGUAGUGAUAAUCAAGUUGACUUCUUUGUGUUUUGGAGGCAAAGACCGCGACGGUAAAUCUAAGACAAAGAAGGAGUAAAGACCUUAUGGCACUGGAAUUUUGUAUUUUUGUUUAACGGGAAUAAAGUGAUGCUUGUUUGUUUAAAUGGAUAAUUACACAUGAAGAAACUG